AUGAACCUCUACAGAACAAGGUGGCCCAGACCUAUAUGUGACUACCCUUUCCAAUCACGCAGUCAGAACCUGAAAAAGUUGGAUAUAAUCGGUGCCAUUAAACGACUAAAAAUGCAUAAAGCUGCUGGAGUCGAUGGGAUCUUUGCAGAACUCUGGAAGAUAGAUGUAGACCUAAGUGCCAGUUUACUACUUCCCCUCUUUAGGGAGAUAUGGAAUACGGGUAAUUUUCCUGACGAAUGGAUGACAUCAAUAAUACUAAACUUCCCUAAAAACAAGACCCCAAACAGCCUUAAGGAUUACAGAGGUAUUGCACUGAUUCCAGUUACCCUAAAAAUUUUCACAUACAUCAUAUCUGUCAGGAUUAAACCAAUCAUCAACAGGUUCCUCUCUAACACUAUCACAUCAUACAGGAAGGGUAGAAAUACUACGGAGUUGACUAUGGCACCUAAAGUUAUUCUGGAAAAGGCUAGAAUGCAUAAAUCCCCCAUCUUUGCCCUAAUGAUUGAUUAA